UAAAGUCAUUGGUUAUGAAUCGUAUAUGUGUACCAUAAACAAUCUGCCAAUUCAUAUGGCAUUUAAUUAUGUGAUGAUAUUAUAACUUUUAAAUGAAAACUUGUAUUUGUGAAAUGUAUGUAAUGUGUUUGAGUAGUGAUACAGGCCUUGGCCGGUCGUUCCUUGUGGUAGAUCGUUUGUUCGAGGGUUCCGUAAGCAUUUACGUCGUAUUCCGCCAUUGUUUGGGAACAUUUUUCAACAGAAUGAUUGGAAUGUCGGAUUUUUAUAGCUGUGUAUGAAAUGAAAUGGUUACCGGGUAAGCCUGUGGUGUUUCACGUUGUCGUGUAACGUUUGAUGGAUUUUCAUGAUUACGCAUCAGGCUAAGGUCUAUUGUGAUAUUUUGUCCUCCCGUUUGCGGUGUCGCCACAUACGUAUCAUAGGCUCGGGCUUUGUCACGUGGGUGUUGGUGUUUGCGGGUGCUGAGGGAGGGGGAAGCACGAUGGGGGUGCCGCAUAAUUAUGGUGUAAACUGUGCUUAUAUGUUGAAAUCGAAUGAGAAUUACAUGUAGUAAUUAAACAUGGAUUGUAAUUCAGUGUUAACGCUGAGGCCACGCUAUUUUGUUUGCAGGAAAUGCGUAUUGGCACCUUUGCUUUAUCUUUGGAGUGAAAUACGAAAUUGGAAAGAAUGGAACCUGCUGGAGAUUGAAGAGAUACGGGGUAUUAAUUAUGUACUCAUGAGCUACGUUUUAUUUCUUACGUACAUCAACAAUUUAGUACAAGAUAAAGUGCAUGGCAGUGGUUGGGCAGAGUGAUAUUUUUCACUGCAGUAUCGAACCGAAUUGCUAAUCAUAAUACUGCAGUGAAAGACGAGGGAAAGGUUUUUGAAGUGUGAUUUGUGUGUUUGAUUAUGUUUGUUAUUUUAAGAUGCCGAAAUUCAGUGAAAACAAAACUGGCGCACUUUACAUUUAAUACCCAUUCCUGAAUAUGAUAUCAAAGAUUUUGUUUGUUAUGCUGCUGUUGAAAUAAACCCAUGGAUGAAUGGGAUUGAGAUUUGCCUCGUUGAGGCAUCCCAAUGUGGUUGUCAUGGCACCAGCUUUGACAGAAGCUGGUCAGUCUCAGAACUUCAAAUUACCUGCAUCUUCACAUUCCUUGCCAGCAUCUCCAGUAGGUGUUUCUUUAAGUGGAUUAAAUAACAUUUCACAGUUGCUGUCUAAUGGGCAUUUGUUAUGUAAAGAUGGGCACAUUAGUUUUGUAACAAAAUUAAGUGGACAUAAAAAACUGGAACGGCAGUUGAAUCUUAUUGCAAAGGAUUUAAUCAAGGAAAUCCAAACGGAAUCAGGUACCUUUGCAUGUGACAAUUUGACUACCCUAGCUAUAGCAUCUGCAAGGCGAAGUGAGAUUUUGCAGUCUGCAGGUGGUAAAUCAGGAGCCUCCAAAAGUGCUUCUGUCAAGGAAGGUGGAUUUAUGAUGAAUAAUUGUGACCCAUCUAUGGGGGACCAGGAAGAUAACAUGGGUUUACAGAAAUCAAAUGCACCAGUGCCAUCUGGAAAUUUGUUGAAGGAGAAAAGCCUUUCUAGUGAUAUGGAUCAACUUUUCAAGAAUUUGGGUGCAGCAAUUUCCAGUAGUGACUUGGGUGGUAGUGGAGAUCUGGGACAGAAUGUGGAAGAGCUGCUUCAGGUUAUAAAAAGCAUGGAAUCUAAUGCUACAGAACCAGAUGUCCCAUUACAUGGGGAAUCUGUGAGCAUAGAUCCUAGUGAAGGCGGUGAACCAGAAGGUAUGUUUACAAUAUCAGACGGUACUGAUAUUGCUAGUGGAUUAUCAACAUUCGAACGGGAACUGUUAAAUGAUGUUGACAUGAUGAACAUGUGUGUUGAUGUCAAUCUCAGUGAAAAUCCUCUGGUAAUAGAAAACAAGGAGGCUCUUACAAAGGAGCGAAUAGAGGAAGCACACAAGAAGCAGUUUGAGAUGGAACGUAAGUGUGAGCGGCUUCUGAGAAGACUGAGGAAGCUACAGGCUAGGACGAUGGGGAAACACAUUAGUGAAGAAGUGACAGGAUUGUUGGAAAAUGCUCAUAGGAUGUUGAAGCAAAGUGCAUCUCAAAAAGAACAACAAACUGUUUGUCUGGGGUCAAAUGUUGGUGCUGUUGGUGUUACUGUGCAAAGUGAAGAAGCAAGUGUUACAAACACUGAAGUUUCUCGGAAGGAGAAGAAAGUGAAAGGUAUUUCUACGUAUGCGAUGGCCAAUCUUUUUAGGCGAUUGGAUAUGUUAUCACAGCAGCAGGCAGCUGUGUCUACACGACACCAGUCGUUACAGAGGUACUUUGGAUCUGGUUCUGCAGAUCAUGCUCCACUAGCAGCUUCCAGUAAUGGACCUCGUGUUCUGCCAAAGUUUACUGCAGAUGUCAAGAGUGAACUGGAGAAGGUCGCUGGUCAACUUCACACUCAACUCAAAAUGGUAGAAGAUUGUGUCGACUCUGAUGCAACUGCUAGCAGUUCUGGAGGAGAGAGUUGUGAUGAGAUGCAGUCAUUCAACAACCACCACCAAUUGCAUGUGAGCAUAGCCAAACGUGCAGCAUGGAAGUGGGCGCAAGACAGAGCUGGUGUUGCUAGUCGAUGGACAUGGCUGCAGGCACAAAUUUCUGACCUUGAGUACCGGAUCCGUCAGCAUAAUGAGAUCCAUAGACAAAUCCGUGCUGCCAAGGGUCCUGUAACGCUGGGUGAGCAGCAAGUGUCCGCUACCACACCCACUACAUCAUCAACUCAUCCUCGUAACAACCACAUGGUGGUGAACGGUUUCCACGGGUUACUUCCUGGUGGCGGGACGUCUGGUAAACCGAUGUCAGGGUCAGAUGAAGUUGUGAAUGGCAAUCUCCCGAGUGGUGGCGCACCAGUGACAAAUUCUGCUCGAACAAGACCAUUAGGGAGGAGUUCGUUCCGAAAGCGAAAGCUCCUCCAGACAUCAGGCUUGCAUUUGGCGUCAAAGAAGGCAGCAAGACCGUCUACAGUCAGAUGUGGGUGUCGUCCUCCCCUUCCCACAUGUGCGCUGUGCACGGGUCGAACAGAUCCUAUGGUGCCGCAGCAGCCAGAUCUUCUCACUGUACCCGAGAGAAUAGCACUGCUCAGCCCAACCUUUCACCCAGUGCUUUCAUUUCCGGAAGAGGUUUGUGAGUCUCUACAUUAUGACGCUAUAAUGAGAACAUCAGAAUGGCAACAGAAAGCUUUACGGAGCAGCCUGAAGUCACUGAAGACAUCGGGAUUGUCCAAAAUUGAUAAGGAUACAGGGUUGGAAAGACGAAUGAAGAAACAGCAGGUGGAGCAUAGGAAAAAGUACACCAGUCGGCUUAAGAAGACCGUCGCCAACACUUUGACAGCAAAAAUCAAGAGGAAGCUGACAAAAGGAAGGAAGCCCAAAGGCCACGAACCCAGCAACCAUUCAUUACAAAGACUGAAGAAGAAAAGACAAGCGAUGAAAGCUGUUGCGGGUUCUUUCCUGUCCGCUUGCCGCGAAGAGAUAGAGGACCAGCUGGGGGUCGAGGCAACACUUCCUUCAAGUAGCAGUAAGAAUGCUUCGCCCAUCCCUUCCCCCUGCCCCAUAAUUAUGGCUCUAGGUUCAGAAAGAUUAUCUUCUGGAAAGGAACGUGGGGAUGUGAGCAGGAGGAAGAGGGAAAAUUCCUAUGACAUUGACAACAUUGUCAUCCCCUACAGCAUUGCUGCUUCUACAAGAGUUGAGAAGUUGCAGUACAAGGAGAUCCCUACACCAAAGUGGAGAUCUGUUGAAUUUGAGGCUGAAACUGCGUUCAAACUGGAGUUGAAAAAUAAUGGUGUAGUCAGAAGAUCUAGUCAAGAAAGUGAUGUUGAAGAUUUGAAUGAAGACACAAUCACAGCACGGCACGACCGAUGCGAAGUAGAAGAGAAGAAGAAAUUCAUGAGUUACAUCAAGCUUCCCCACACUGGAAGGACAAGAGCUCAUCGUCGCACAGAUAGCAGAGCUGAGAGCAGUGGUGCCAACACUCCUGAUCCAAUGUCGCCCAAUAAUAUGUUGGAUCCACAUGGUGAGGCUGGAGGAUCACCCCUUACGUCUCCACCUGCCACACCUCUUGCCGUCCUAUUAGAAAAUGAUGGGGUCUCUUGUCAAACGGUGUUGGGACGAAGACGUACGAUGUCUCAAUCGCGUUGGGCCAAGGACAGAGACCGCGACAAGGAUGAACCUCGCUGCAACACUCCAGACUUUGUGGUUGAGGUGCCUCCGUAUGAACCUCGAAUGUUUCCACUGCUGGAUGAAAUGUAUGAGAAAAUGUUGAAGGCAAUGCCAGAAGGGCAUCCAUUCCCACCAUAUUCCAUGGCACCAAAGAAGCUUUUCACCAAAGAUAAUGAAACGAGUGAGAGUAGACCCAUCACCCCAAGCACAGACUCCACAGAGUCGGCCGUGGGUGAAGGAGAAGACCCUAAUGACCCUGAAUGGACGGUGGAGGAGGAAAGAGAAUUUGAACGGGAGAGAUUGAAAGCUUCAGUCAAGAGAUAAAAAUAACCCGCAUCAGAUGACUGGCGUUAAUUCAAGUUCUCGAGGAUCGGACCAACUCUUGGACAGAGCUGGGUCCACGGGUAGACGGUGACGGAAGCAAAACUUAGUCUGUUAGAUCCAGUGUUGUGGCACAAGUACCCAGAAGCUGUUCUGGUUGAAUUGUGGGCAGCAUACGUCAGUUUUUCUAACUUCAGUUCUGCUAAUAAAUUGAUACACCUUCACAAAUCCCUGCUUCGGUUUCUCCAGUGAUUUCUGUCGGAAAUGAAGCAGUACAAUUUGAGCAGUUGAAAAUGGUUUCGCAAAUUGAUAUCGUGCCAUUCACGCGUUCGGAAGGGCGAUUCUAAAGGAUUAUAUUUGAGGAGAGCGGUCGUAACUAGCAUAACUUAAUGUAGGUACUGUAGUGCGUACUGUGCCGCCAUCGUCUCUUCGGUUAAUAAAGAGAAAAAGACGCAGGGAAACUUUAGGUUUGAGGGAUAAAGAUAUAGGAAGUCCAUUUUAAUCUGUAAGUGCACUUUGCAUGGUGUAAACUUGCCGUGUGCAAGCUGCCUGUUCUGUCUGUAGUUUGGUCACUUGGCCUACUGGUAUUAAGUUGAUUGAUGUUACCAUAAUGAGAAUAAAGAAUUUUGUAAUUACUAUUUCAUUACCAUUUUCUAAUUCAUUUAAAGAUUUUAACUGUGUGCUCUUUGGUUCGAGUAUACGACGCGCAUGUGCCGUUUCUUAAUAUCGCGAUGAUUUAGUGUUUCUGUGCGUCGCCGUCUAUCGUUACAUUGCGGCGGCGCGUCCGAGAGCUUUGUUGAUAUGAUGCGGGUUCGUGCUCCUUGUAGUUGUAUUAUCUUUUAGUAUUGAACUUUCAUCUCAUUUUUUUAUACGUAAUUAAUAAAUUGGUUUCCUAGUCUUUGUGAAAACGUUAGAUGCUUUAUGUAUCCAGUUAUAGUCAUAUUUCUUUUAUUUAAAUAGUUGACAUGAAAGGUCCGGUACGUUGUCUCUAAACUGAUUUUAAAAAAAUGUUAAGUUGUUUUGACCAAAUAUUGAUGGAGCAGGCUUCCUCUUGUGUAGAUGUUGAUGUACUCUUUAUAAGAGCAUGUUCUAUUUACCGCGUAUCUCGCCUGCUUGGAAUAUUACGUACGUGCAUACCGCAAACCGACCAUUCCAUGGUAGUGUGAGAGCAACUGUAUCCCCCACACACGUACUAUACCAUAUUGGUUUUUAGAUAGAACUAUGAAACUGAUGAGACUGAUACCGUUGGUCGGUGUGUAUGAAGUGAACCGUUCUGGAUCGGUUGUGUGUACGGACGUGGCGUUACCGAAAUCAAGGUGUUUUAUUGCAGAGACCACAAAGUACACUCAUGUUUUGUGAGAUAUAUAUGUAGUCGCAGAUUUUGUAUGCAUUCUCCAGCACCAAUACGCUUAACCAUGAGAAGAAAAAGCUUUUCCUUGAACAAGUUGUAAUACAUUUUCUCUGUUUGUUUUUUAAUAAAAUUGGAAAUUUAAUAUGAAGAAACUGUGUAGUCAAAAAACCUUACAUUAAUUUUGUUUAAACUUUGUUUUUUUGGUUUGGUUUUGGUAGAGAUUCAGCAAAAAAAAAUUCUGAAGACUCGUUCUUUAAAUCCGGACUUUGCCUCAAGAGGAUUGAGAAGUGCACUUUACGAUGUUAUCGCUGUGCGUAGUUAGAUGACGUGGCACUCGGCUGGCAAGCGUCUGUUCCGUCUCUUUUGUUAGGAUACUGUGUCCGUCAACUUUUGUAUCGCUACCCCCCCAGACCCGUAUUCAGUAUUGUAAUAAGCAACAGGCCAUUUGUACAGUAUCUUUGUUAAACAUGACGUGGCCGUUCUGGCAUAUCAGUACGUUAAGGAUGGAUAAAUGAAAUGUGAAACAGAUGUGAAAAAUUCAUUGUUGUAUAUUUGUAUUUUGUCCCAAACUGGGAUUUCUUCAAAGAAUAAACCCUAGAACACCACCA